AUGACAAGACAGCUCACGUGGCCCACAGGAGAGGAGGAGCAUGACAAGACAGCUCUGUGUGGCCCACAGGCGAGGAGGAGCAUGAGACAGCUCAGGUGGCCCACAGGCGAGGAGGAGACUCAGGUGGCCCACAGGCGAGAGGAGCAUGACACAUGGCCCACAGGCGAGGAGGAGCAUGACAAGACACACGUGGCCCAGGUGACAAGAACGCGGCACACAGACAUGAAUCGUUUUGUAACCGCUCUGGCUCUGGCUCUGGUGGCAGUAGGUACAGGCGGUCAGGUCAUACCAGGGUACAACUAUGGCGCUCCCGGCAAUGGUGACCCACUGCUCGCUGCUGCCUCCAGUGUUGAUGACGUACAGGUGGACCCUCUCCAGGUGUUAGCUGAGGCAAUCCCCGGCGGCGGCGUCCCUGGUGAAGACUACCCGAUCCUGGCCUCUGUACCCGACACCGGCUUCUCCUGCGAGCAACAGGAGUUCCCAGGUUACUUCGCUGACACCGCCGACGAGGCCGGCUGCCAGGUCUUCCACAUCUGUCAGUUCGACGGCCGCCAGGACUCCUUCCUGUGUCCCAACGGCACCAUCUUCAACCAGCAGUACUUCGUGUGUGACUGGUGGUUCAACGUGGACUGUGCCGCCUCACAACAGUUCUUCGGCCUCAACGCUGAGAUCGGCAAAGUGCCUGAAGAUAAUGAGGCCGCCGCAUCUGACCGAUCACUCUCCACCAGCUACGGGGCACCACAACAGCAGAGUGUCGCCGCCCCCAACAGGCUGUACAACACACCUGGCCGACUGUGAGCCUCCCCCUACACCCUCCCCCCCCCGCCACCCAUACUUAUGACGACUCCUAAGACAGACCAAUAUCUUCAAACCACCAAUUAGUAUCAUAGAACAACCAUUUAAUACCUUUCACUAAAUGCUGUAUUUAUUUGACUAUAUAUUUAUUCGAAAUAAAUUUAUGCAAUGAA